UUUAGUCUGGAGAUUGCGGACAGGAGGUGGAGAGGCUCCGUCCCACUCGGUGGCCGGAGGCUGGAGGCUCGGGAAGACCUCCCGGGAGAAGCCGUGCCCAGGAAGCUUUCCGAAGCGGAGGCAGCUGUGCCUCCCGGGCUGCCGCGGCGUGGGAGCCGGGGACAGCCACCACCCACCCUCGCCGGCUCCGCUUCCUCUCGCCCCGGCGCGGCGCGCGGACCGGGCAGCUGUAAGAGCCCGCCGAGCUCCACGGUGAAAAAAGAAGUGAGGGUAUAAAGGCAACAUACUAAGAGACAUUUCCUCAACUUUGCAUCACGAUGGAAACCUUUGGCCUCAAGGUAUCCUUCUGGGUAGCGCUGGUUGGAUCUGUGAUCAGUGAUAAUCCUGAGAGCUACAGCACAAACCUAAGUACUCCGGUGGAUGAUUUCACCACUUUUCAUGGGACAGAACUCAGCUUCCUCGUCACCACUCAUCAACCCACGAAUUUGGCCCUACCUAGCAAUGGCUCAAUGCACAGCUAUUGCCCACAGCAGACUAAGAUUACUUCAGCUUUCAAAUACAUUAACACUGUGAUAUCUUGUACUAUUUUCAUCGUGGGAAUGGUAGGGAAUGCAACUCUGCUCAGGAUCAUUUACCAGAACAAGUGCAUGAGGAAUGGCCCCAACGCACUGAUAGCCAGCCUUGCUCUUGGAGACCUUAUCUAUGUGGUCAUUGAUCUCCCUAUCAAUGUGUUUAAGCUGCUGGCUGGGCGUUGGCCUUUUGAAAACAAUGACUUUGGAGUAUUUCUUUGCAAGCUGUUCCCCUUUUUGCAGAAGUCCUCGGUGGGGAUCACCGUCCUCAAUCUCUGCGCUCUCAGUGUUGACAGAUACAGAGCUGUUGCCUCCUGGAGUCGUGUCCAGGGAAUUGGGAUUCCCUUGAUCACUGCCAUUGAGAUUGUCUCCAUCUGGAUCCUUUCUUUUAUCCUGGCCAUCCCUGAAGCUAUCGGCUUUGUCAUGGUGCCCUUUGAAUACAGGGGUGAACAGCACAAAACCUGUAUGCUCAAUGCCACAUCAAAAUUCAUGGAGUUUUACCAGGAUGUGAAAGACUGGUGGCUCUUCGGGUUCUAUUUCUGCAUGCCCUUGGUGUGCACUGCAAUCUUCUAUACCCUCAUGACCUGUGAGAUGUUAAACAGAAGGAAUGGCAGCUUGAGAAUUGCCCUCAGUGAACACCUUAAACAGCGUCGAGAAGUGGCAAAAACAGUUUUCUGCUUGGUGGUAAUUUUUGCUCUUUGCUGGUUCCCUCUUCACUUAAGCCGUAUUUUGAAGAAAACCGUGUAUGAUGAGAUGGACAAGAACCGAUGUGAAUUACUUAGUUUCUUGCUGCUCAUGGAUUACAUUGGUAUUAACUUGGCAACCAUGAAUUCGUGUAUAAAUCCAAUAGCUCUAUACUUCGUAAGCAAGAAAUUUAAAAAUUGUUUCCAGUCUUGCCUCUGCUGCUGCUGUUACCAGUCCAAGAGUCUGAUGACCUCGGUCCCCAUGAAUGGAACAAGCAUACAAUGGAAGAACCACGAACAAAACAACCACAACACAGAGAGGAGCAGCCAUAAGGACAGUAUUAACUAAACAUCUUAAGAAACAUUAAUCAAUAUUCCUUCAAAGUCUAUUGAAGAGGAAAAAAAUCACACAGCAACUGUGUUUCCAGCAACUUUUCUCCAAUCCUUCUCCCAUGACGCAACCCCAAGCCCAGAAAAAUGCUUUCCAAAACAUUGGAGGGUGGACUGGUUUAUAGUCACAAAUUCAAUGAAUCUUACUUCUUUAAUUUAUCUAAUUUACAUAUUCUGCAUGGUAUAUUCAGCACUAAAAAAUGGUGGGAGUUAGCAAGCAGAAAGGAGACUGUUCAAUUAAACCAGUAGGAUAUUUACUACUUUUGCAUGAAAACAGAGUCUCUGAGUACUUAACAGCUUCCAUGGCAGUUCUGUGGAAUGUUCAAUGAGAACUGGUCACCGUGAAAAUUUUUCGAUCUUGACAAGGUUUUCUUUUUUUUUAAUUGGUCAAACACGGUAACGUGAGCAAUUAGGUUAAUGUUUUUUAUGUCACUUUUUUAUUUUUAAAACACCGAUUCUCAAGCUGCAACAAAUAUAGCCACAUAAAGCACAGACUGAUAUCCACAUGUGGCAGUUUAAUAGCUGCUAUUCAAAGAAUUGUUAAGAACCUAUAUUUUCUUUUUUUAAUGGUGUUUCAUUAUAGGAGAUCUCGACCAUAUUGUUGUGUUAAAUUUUAAAAUAAUGCUUGAAUCAAAUAAUUCUAUUUUUUGUAAGCCCAAUCUUUUUUAAGUGUAGAUAUUUUAUGUAAAAUCAAUAUCAUGUACCACCAAAAUGUAAAUGUACACAUCAUUCAACUAUACCCAAGACUUUCAGUGGAAUGUAUUGAAGUCUAAAGCACACUUAGUAGAAAAAAGCGUGAAUCUUUUUAGAAGAUUUGGAAAUUUUACUGAGACUUUGUUUUUUUUGGUCUUAAAACA